GGACCAAGAUGUGAAAAUAAUCAGUGACCUCGUCUGUGCCUUGGGUAUAUAAGGUUCCUGGACAGAAGAGCAACACAACUUCACUGAGCUUUAGCCAGAAAUGGACUGUUACAUGCUCUCCCUGCUGGUGGUGCUCCUGGCGUGUCUGGAGCAGAGCUGGGCUGCUUCCUGUGUGGUGGAUAGCUUCACAGUCAAGGAGGAUUUUGACCCCAAGAGAUAUGCAGGGAAAUGGUAUGCUCUGCAGAAGAAGGACCCUGAAGGCCUGUUCCUACAGGACAACAUCUCAGCUGAGUAUACCAUUGGUGACGAUGGCUCCAUGAUUGCCUCAUCCAAGGGCCGUGUCACACUGUUCGGAUUCUGGGUUGUGUGCGCUGACAUGGCUGCUCAGUACACUGUGCCGGAUUCUGCCAACCCUGGAAAGAUGUUCAUGAACUACCAAGGCCUGGCCAGUUAUCUGUCUAGUGGAGGCGACAACUACUGGGUGAUUGAUACUGACUAUGACAACUAUGCCAUCACCUAUGCCUGCCGUACCCUGAAGGAGGAUGGAAGCUGUGAGGAUGGCUACUCCCUGAUCUUUGCCCGUAGCCCCCGGGGACUGCCCCCAGCCAUCCAGAGGAGUAUUCGCGUCAAGCAGGAGGAGAUCUGCAUGGCCGGACAGUUUGAGCCUGUGCUGCAGUCUGGAGCUUGCUAAACAUCUACUCCGAAGAAACUUGCUGUGCUGCCAAGCUGCAAAGGGAUCCCUUGGAUAGUGAUGUCUACCUCCAACUAAAGAGGGAAACCGCCUAAAUGAGAUUUUUAAAUGUAAUAUUUGUUCUAAUACACAAAUAAUGAUAUGCCUCUUUGGAAAAUGCAUGUUGCUUGCACCAAUCCAAUGGCUUACAUUUAUGCAGAAUAAUUAAUUGGACAUAUUCUUCUUUUACAAGUAGUGAUUGCAUACAUUUUCAUAUUUUCAAAAUCAAAUCCACAACUUUAGCAUUGCAAGUACACAGGGCCCUUUUCAUAACCAAUUACCAAAAUUGAUAUUAACACUUGUUUCCCUAAUUGUUGAUCAGUUUGUGUGGGCAAUAAUAAAUGUUUAAAAGAAA